GUUUUUGGUGCCUGGAGAGGAAAUGUUGUGUGGGGGUGAAGAAGAGAAUCUUGAUAACGAUUAGAGGAAGUGGCACGUUGACAAGAAGUUCGAUUUUGGACACGACAGCAAAGAUUAGUGAUGACAAAAAGGCCAACAUUUGCCAUUAAGGAUGAUGCAUGUGACAUUUUUCAAGUGACUAAGUAGAAGGCAUCAGAGUGUGAAGGAUUUCCUGUGAGUUUUUGUCCCGGCGUCACCCACUCCUCACUCUCUCACGAACGUCUGCAAGACGCGAGGCUCAAGCUUUAUUUGUGGAAAGCAGAAGUAGAAAGAUGUCUUCUCAAGUUUGAUCGUCUUUUCUUCUUUCGAGUUCGCCAUCAUCAUGUUGGGGCCGCGGCGUCUUCUUCUUUUCUUCUUGGGUGGGAUUCUGGCUCACCGCGGGACGUCCUCGCCAGUUUGGAUGCCCUGCAAAAAAGCCAACUUCCCGGCCGCGUACCACCACUGCCGAGUGUCCUCGCCAGAUGGCGUUUCUGACUUGCAAUGCGUCGGCAAGCAUAACUCGCCAGGAGAGUUGGACUGUACGUGGAGGCAAGGAGCGUCCCGGUCGUCCCCGUCUGUCUUCAUGCUGGUCGUCCAGCAGAGUAAAGACGACUGUCGGGUCUGGAAGGACAUCAGGGACACGAAGGUCACCAGGGUCUUGGUCUUCGAGGAAGACAUGACCGCUGAGGUUCUGGAGCUGGUGGGCUCCAACUGCACCAAAGACGUCUUCAGGGCGCACUCUCACAGCCUGUUUCACUGCGGGCCGCCAAGUCACCUGAAAUUCAAGCGCUACUCGGAGAGCGUGGAGGUGGAGGUGGACUGGCCGCAGGAGGACGCCAAUGCCGUGCAGUCAUUCCGCGUUCAACACAAGGGAGCCGGGGGCCGCACGCAGGAUAAGGUGUGCCAUAGGAGUGCUGCCGUGUGUCUGCUGGCCCCCGUGAACGCGUCGGAGACGUACCGGGUUCAGGUGCGAUGUGAGACGAGCAACAAGUGCUCUCAGUGUCCGUGGAGCGACGUCUACACGCUGCCAGCAGAACUGACCCGUCCGCCCGUCAUUGUACGUGUGGACCAAGACAAGGUGGCUGACGGAACGGGACAGAGGACGCUCUCGCUGGCGUGGACGUUCCCCGGUGCUGAAGUGCCCGAUGGUUACCGCGUGAGAAUGGCCAAGGCGUCGGGGGAGCCGUCGCGGGAUCCUAAGUCGGAUCACGUGACCUGCUCGCAGCCUCACAUCACGCUGGUCCUCUCCUUCUCAUCCUUCCACGUGGACGUCAGCGCCUUCAACAACGCCAGCGAGUCGCCCGCCGCCCGCGUCACGGUGCCGCCCAAAGUCGCCGGGGGCGACGGGAUGCUGCACGUGAGCGUCCACAGCAACGCGUCUUUCACCGUCUUCUCAAGGGACGACCUGGUGGGCGCCAACAAGUGCUUCAGCGUGGAGUGGAGCUCCGAGGGACACCCCGCGGCCUACAAGUCCAUCUAUGAGGAAACCAACAACUCCUGGACUGUGUCUCCCGUGGCAGAGCGCCUGGAGGCGUACAGGAGGUACGACGUCUGGCUGCACGUGCGCCCCCAGCCGUCGCCGUGCAACCUGAAGUGCGUCAACAACAGCGAGGUCACCUACGCCAGCGCUCAGUUUUACUUCCUGGAAGGACCUCCGCUGAGUGCGCCCGCCAACGUCAGCGUGGCCGACGUGACGCAGGCCUCCAUGGAGCUGCGGUGGUCGUCCAUCCCGCAGGAGGAGCUCAGAGGCUUCCUGCUGGGCUACGUUGUUCACUACAUGGAGGACCAGCAGCAGGAGACAAACGUCAGCGUGUCGGCGCACGUCAACAGCUACACUCUGAAGGGUCUUCAAAGGGGGACUGCAUACCGGGUCCAGGUCUCAGGGGUCACCCGGGCUGGAGCGGGAGUCCGAAGCAUCGCCAUACUAGUCAGCACGCACGAGCGAGUUUCCUUAAGCCUGAUAGCGGUCUUCGUCGUGUCCGUGCUUAUGGCCGUGGCCCUGGUGACUGUUCUCUUCCUCAUGAAAAGCAAGGUUAAAGUUGUCCUCUGGCCAGACAUCCCCGACCCUGGCGAGAGCAUCACCAUACAGAAACUAAACCUCCCCUCAAAGAUGCUUUUCCCGGAGUCCGUGACCCUUCUCAAUAUGGAGGAAUGCGUCAGCGCAGGUGCGCUGACGGUGGAGGUCCGACCCUCGGCCCACGAAGGCGCCAAGCUGUGUCCUGCUGACAGGCAAAGUCUCCCUGCCGCCACCGCCUACACGAGCCUGGACGCCAUGCAGCAGCUGAUGAUGAUGAUGAUGCAGGGAACGCCAGUGAAGACGGUCGCGCCGUGGGAAGUCAUGGCGGUGAAAUCGGGAAUGGACUGUGACCUGGUUUGUCUGCAGUCUGACUAUGGCCCACGAGAGGGCGCUAACGUGCUGUGACAAUGCCACCAGUCACUUGUUUAAGUGUGCGCCAGCCAUGCAGUUCCGGCACUCAUCUGCCAGGGGUAGAGAUGUCCGAUAAUGGCUUUUUUUUAACGAUAUCCGAUAUUGUCCAACUCUUAAUUACCAAUUCCGAUAUCAACCGAUACAUACAGUCGUGGAAUGAACACAUUAUUAUUCCUAAUUUUAUUGUGAUGCCCAGCUGGAUGCAUGAAACAAUGCAACAAGGUUUUCCAAAAUAAAUCAACUCAACUUGUGGCAAAAAAUGCCAACAUGGCACUGCCAUAUUUAUUA